UCGAUGUGUCCUGGUUGACGUUUCGCGUACGUGGGUCGCAAUUGAACGGUGUUUUGUUGGACUCGCCUGGUAACUUUCGGGCGUUCCACAGUUUUUACUUAAAUUCAUCUGCUGAAUGGUGAAUUUUUUGUACCACACAAACCAUUAACGUCUGGUAAAAAAUAUUCCACGUCGAAAUCUGCUGUCCGAUUUGGUUAGAGGUGGAUAAUUUGCUGGAGCCACAUCGAAAAUGUUGCUCACCGAAUAUGUGCAGCUAAUUUUGCUGUUUGGCUCAGGAUUCAUAUUUUUUCUACUGAUUGUGAUCGGUAUAAUAUUAAAAGUCACUACAACACCCUUUCCGGAAAUCAUUCGCCAUGAAAAGGAGGAAUACUUUGAGGACUCCGUCAGCGGUGGAAAACUAAAGUUUCCCUCGCUAGCGGAUGAGCCCACUAUUAAGCUUAGCGUUAUUAUUCCUGCAUUCGAUGAGGAGGAACGAUUACCCACCAUGUUGAACGAAUGUCUCGAGUACUUAGAAGCUAGACAAAAAUCUGAUAAGAACUUCAGCUACGAGUUGAUUAUUGUGAGCGACGGCAGUCGGGACAAUACCGUGGACGUAGCUCAGAAAUAUUCAGCUAAAUAUGGUACCGAGAAGGUCCGAGUAUUAGCAUUGGUAGUGAACCGUGGCAAGGGAGGAGCCGUUCGGAUGGGAAUGCUGAGCGCCCGUGGCAAGUACUUACUCUUUGCGGAUGCUGAUGGUGCCACCAAGUUCGGGGACUAUGCAAAGCUAGAGCAGAGCAUCGAGCAGCUCAGCGGAGGAGAUCCAGAUACGGAUGCUAUCUCGAUUGGUUCACGUGCCCAUUUGGAGCAGGAAGCGACUGCGAAGCGAACGCUGUUUCGCACUUUGCUAAUGCAUGGUUUUCACUUUUUGGUUUGGACUUUUGCGGUUAAGAAGAUUCGGGACACCCAGUGCGGCUUUAAACUGAUGAGUAGAUCCGCUGCACGGAAAAUUUUCACCGUAAUGCAUGUCGAAAGGUGGGCGUUCGAUGUGGAACUUUUAUUCAUUGCACAAGCCUAUUCGAUUCCCAUCGAUGAAAUCGCCGUAAACUGGACCGAAAUUGAAGGGUCAAAACUUACCCCUUUCUGGUCGUGGUUGCAGAUGGGACGUGAUCUGAUUUUUAUAUGGUUCCGAUAUGCGAUAGGCGCGUGGCAGUUGAAAAAAGAACACAUGAAUUGAGCAGUCGACGAUAUAGGUUAGGGUACUAUACAUACUUUAGUUAUCUGAUAAUUUCAUAAGAAAAGCGCCUACAGUGAUCGUGGUUGUCUAGCAUUCAUAUUGGAAUAAACUUUCGACCAGA